CCAGAUACCUUAUCUGGGGGAAAAUCUAUCUAGAUCUGGUAAUUCCCAUAAAAUUCACCAGGAUUUCGCUGAUCCUCCCGACAAAAAAUUCUCCCCUGGUAACUUUGAGACUGAUUCCAUCCAACCAAGGAUUGAAUCCCCCACCAGGGGAAACUGAACAAUUACACGUUCCAAACUGCAGGGACAGAGAAGAGGAAUAUAAAGGCCAACGCGCGGACCCUGCUCGCCUGUCAGUUUCGCCCGAUUCCUACGACGACGCUUGCGAAUCAAUCUGUUUUAUCGACCGAUCUGGAAACCAUCGUCCAAUAAUCUUUCUCCUAUAUGUAGAAAGAUUUUUUUUCCCGGUGAAAGAUAUUCCAUUCGUCGCGAGAAAAUCGAGAAAAUGGCGCGGGAGGGAACAAUUCGACUGACGUUGAUUUUCAUCUUUGUUUCGACCGGUUCGGCGGAUGUUAUUUCCUGCAUCGGCAAGGCUUUGCUGAAAUCCGACCAAGUAUCCUGUCAAGAUAAACAGCUAAUUUUAGACGAGCAUAAUAGUCUUAGAGAAAAAAUAAGUUUUGGAGAGAUCCAAGGAAUGCCUAGUGCUGCCAAUAUGAGAGAGCUGACCUGGGACGAUGAACUUGCUGACAUGGCACAAAAUUGGGCAACUAAAUGUGCUGAGAUCCGCGAUCCUUUCAGACAUAUUCGCGGAUUCUACGUGGAACAAAAUAUGCUCAAGACAAUUUCAUCGACGCAAUUCAACGAUUUACCGGACUGGCGUCAGACGAUCUACAAUUGGUUCAACGAAGUGCAAUAUAAAGGCGGUAUUAGCCAUUACAAUCAGAUAUUCUGGGCUAAUAGUUAUUUAAUAGGCUGUGGCUUCACUUACUAUUUUGAUGCGGGCCAUGGAUACGUCAAAAACUAUGUAUGCAAUUAUGCACCAGGCGACAACGUAGAUGGUCAUCUACCGUAUGAGCAAGGCCAACCUGCCUGCAGCAAUUACAAGAUGACUUCUUCAAGUCGAUUCAGAGGCCUUUGUUCUGCAGGAACCAAUAAUUAUCUGGGAACUCGAUGUUAAUUAUCAUCAAUUGUAAUUAAUUGUCAGCUGUUUAAGUGGUAAACAGAAAAAUAAAUAUUCAUAUAUUUUUGUCAAUGAUCGA